UUUAACAUCCGCCUGCUGUGGACACGCUCCAACACAACAGAAACUGAUAAUGGUGAUCUCAUAGCCACCACAAUUGGAUCUGCACACAUGCGUGUAUAGCUUCGUUGGUAACAAGAUGGGCGACUGGGCUUUAAAACUUGUCUCACAUAUUUUCAUUUUGAGUGUCGGAAGCAGCAUAGCAAUGUCAUCGACGACAGGUUCCUUCACCUCUACAAGAACAACAACUGCGACACCGCCGGCACCGGCUACAUAUGAGAAAGAGUUGUCUGCGUGUCCCAAGAAGGAUCUGAUACCAGUUGUAGGAAUGUGUCGGGGUGACAUCAAGGAGGGAACCAGCAUGUACCUGGACUACACCCUACACUCAGGACAGUUCGUCGGGUGUUCAUGUAGUCUACGUAUUGUCAACGCUACUAGUAGCUCAAUAGAGAUAUACCCGAUAAAAAUAGACCAGACGAACUGCCAAGCACGGAUCAGUUUUGAUGUUCUCAAAUACAGCCUAGUUGGUUGCCAAGGCACGACAUCUUCCGCUACCAGCAAUCUGACCAGUUCGCAGGCAUUGAAACUGAAUAUUACAGGUCAAGGUGUCGCCCAAUUUUGUUUACAUAUUAAAACAAAAGAUAAAGCGACUGCUCUCCGGCUCGAUUGUUCGUCUGGUGUUAGUGCGGCUGUAAACACCACGACUACGGUAGCUACGCCAACCGCAUCAUCGAAGACAACAAUCAUAACUACAUCCUCACCAUCAACAUCUUUAACAUCAAUAAGAUUUACAUCACCACCUAUAUAUUCAACAUCAACAACUACACCUUUAUCUUCAGCGAAGGCACAAACCAGAACAACGCUAUCCAAGACGGAACCUGUAGUAACGUCCACAACACCGCCCACUGGUUCAACAACAACGUCAACUAAUACGACAACUGCAUCAGGAAUUACAUCCCUUUCAUCAACGACUUCUCCAGAUACAGCAACAAGUGUGUUUGUAACGACAAGAGAAAUGUCACAGAGACCAUCAACAGCAAAGUUUGUAUCGCUUUCACCACCAUCUGAGCCGGAAACUACUGUCCCAUCCCUAAUAACACUUGGACCGGCGGUUGCUAAAAGUACUCCCACUGCAGAUAACGACACGAACCCUGAUAUCAAGUCUCCAGGCAUACGUUUCCCUGUGGUUGAGUUAGCGGUUGGCCUAUCAGUUGGAGUAAUUGUUAUCCUGGUCUUGACAGUCAUCGUGCUGUGUUGCAGGUGCCGACAUCAGAAGGGUGAUGAUGACGAUUUAGACGAAGAAGGAAUAAAGUCCAUAGCUGCCUCUCUGGUCAGCCCGGAAGGGUCCAUCCCACAUAUCCAAGUCCUUAACCCCUUGUACGGUGAAUGCCCGGAACUGAUGUCUCUUCCACAGUGGGAACCACGUCCCCAAGACAACGUGUCUAAUGCAUCCUCCUUCGUUUCUGAAGAACCUGACACCGUGGAGCCCUCAGUCAAUGACGCUGACCCUGAGUUAGACCAGGAUCAAGUCGAGAUGAUGUAUACACUAGUCACUAAACCUAGCAGAGAAUGCUCAAAGCGUAUGUCGUAUUGUUCACCUGGUGGAAGGAAAGGUUCCACACAGAGACUUUAUCGAUUGUGAACACCUUAGCAAGGUUAGCACGAAGAGCACCGCAUCGUUUGGGCGUGUAAUGGUGACAUUGAAACUUGUCUCGUGUAAUCCUGCUUUAUAGAGAUUGAGUGAUUACUUUGGUUAAAACAAUAUUAUGACGUAGCAUGUCUGCAUAACGUGAUAAGACAGCCAUACAUCCCUUUGGUAAAACCCUGGCGUUGUGCUGAUAAAUCGGUUUGGUACUUAACAUUUCGACCAGAGGAUCCUGGUACAGCUAACCUUCACACCGAAGGAUGAAGCGCCUUCAACCACUGGCAAUCCAGUGGUCACACUUUACGGGCUGCAGUUGAAUUCCUGGCAUUUGGUACUUGAACCAUCAGCCGGCGGAUCCUGCUAGAGCUUACCUCCACACAGAUAUAUGUCCUUAGGCACAAAAACGGUUGCACUUUUCAGGCUACCGUUGAAUUAAUAUCAAUGUGUCAUCUGUAAAUGAUCUAAGUUACACACCAAAAAACGUUUCCGUUGAGUUGAUUGAAAUGAAACUUGGUUUAAACAGACCUUCUUCACUCCGGAAUCUUAUUAAAAGCUAUUCUGUGAGAAUUGUGAUAUGACACGGUGAUAUGACAUUACGCACGUCGUUUUGAUUAACCCGCUGUAGGACGACUCUAAAACAUAAUAUUUAGAAAACGCAUUCCUGCGGUUGCAGCCGGUGGGGUAUAUAUUUAUCCUUUCCGUGGGCGCCUUGAGUCGUCGUUGACUUUCGGUGUCCGCUCUUUUACCUCACACGUCCAAAUGUUGUUGGUGUAUUGCUUUCAGAGGUGUACGCUCAUUUCCAGUAAUCAAGCCCUUUAGUUAUCAUCUUUAUUUUGCCUUUUUCGCCAUAUGGAAUCUGUUUCGGUGGAUAAUUGAGAUUUAUUAUUCUCCGAUAUCAAAGAUUCAUAUUUGUAUCAUGUACAGUAGUUUAUUUCUCCGAUGUUAUUUAUACUACUAUCACAUUUUCCAUUCCAUAUGCCCUGUAUUCGGAACAGGACAUGUUCAUUUAUUGCACAGUGCAACACAUGCUGCCUACAACAAUCAAACUGACACAAGCAAUGAGGAUACUGUUUCCAGGCCUUCACGACAUUGUUCAACGUCGCGACUAAACGUCAAUUUGAUACUCUUUUGUUUAUUCAAAUGUCACAGAAUUUUAUACUUGUAAUAAGCCAAUGAUAUCAAUCAUGACUCCGAGGAGAGUAGUUCUUGCCCACUCACGCAACUGUCCCGUACCGCAACUACCUACCAUUAUCUCAUGUGCAUUUUGUUUAAUUUAUUAUUUUCUGUACAGUAACAAUAACAAAUAACCCCCAUGCAUUCAUUUAUAUUGAUUAUACAUUCCACAAAGGAAAUGCUGAAUAAAUACAAUAUUUU